AUGGGGGGAAAAAAAGAACUACACACAGACCUGGAUCCUGGGAGCAAAAAAAUCAAAUAUAUCCUAUCAGGUGAUGGAGCUGGGACAAUUUUUCAAAUAAAUGACAUAACAGGCGAUAUCCAUGCUAUCAAAAGACUUGACCGAGAGGAAAAAGCUGAGUACACCCUAACAGCUCAGGCAGUGGACUGGGAGACAAAUAAGCCUCUUGAGCCUCCGUCUGAAUUCAUUAUUAAAGUUCAAGACAUCAACGAUAAUGCACCAGAGUUUCUCAAUGGGCCCUAUCAUGCUACGGUGCCAGAGAUGUCCAUUUUGGGUACAUCUGUCACUAAUGUAACAGCCACCGAUGCUGAUGACCCAGUUUAUGGAAACAGUGCAAAGUUGGUUUAUAGUAUCUUGGAAGGACAGCCUUAUUUUUCCAUUGAGCCUGAAACAGCAAUUAUAAAAACCGCCCUUCCCAACAUGGACAGAGAAGCCAAGGAGGAGUACCUGGUCGUUAUCCAAGCCAAAGACAUGGGUGGACACUCUGGUGGCCUCUCUGGGACCACAACACUCACAGUGACCCUUACUGACGUCAAUGACAAUCCUCCAAAAUUUGCCCAGAGUCUGUAUCACUUCUCGGUACCAGAAGAUGUGGUUCUUGGCACUGCAAUAGGGAGGGUGAAGGCCAAUGAUCAGGAUAUUGGGGAAAAUGCACAGUCAUCCUACGACAUCAUUGAUGGAGAUGGAACAGCACUCUUUGAAAUCACUUCCGAUGCCCAGGCCCAGGAUGGUAUUAUACGCCUGAGAAAGCCCCUGGAUUUUGAGACCAAAAAAUCCUAUACGUUGAAGGUAGAAGCAGCCAAUGUCCACAUUGAUCCACGUUUCAGCAGCCGGGGGCCCUUUAAAGACACAGCGACAGUCAAAAUUGUUGUCGAAGAUGCUGAUGAGCCUCCGGUCUUCUCCUCCCCGACUUACCUCCUUGAAGUUCAUGAAAAUGCUGCUCUAAACUCCGUGAUUGGGCAAGUGACCGCACGUGACCCUGACAUCACGUCCAGUCCUAUAAGGUUUUCCAUCGACCGGCACACUGACCUGGAGAGACAAUUCAACAUUAAUGCAGAUGAUGGGAAGAUAACCCUUGCAACACCCCUUGACAGAGAAUUAAGCGUAUGGCACAACAUAACAAUCAUCGCUACUGAAAUCAGGAACCACAGUCAGAUAUCCCGAGUACCUGUUGCUAUUAAAGUGCUGGAUGUCAAUGACAACGCCCCUGAAUUCGCAUCCGAAUAUGAGGCAUUUUUAUGUGAAAAUGGAAAACCCGGCCAAGUCAUUCAAACAGUGAGUGCCAUGGACAAAGAUGAUCCCAAAAAUGGACAUUAUUUCUUAUACAGUCUUCUUCCAGAAAUGGUCAACAACCCGAAUUUUACCAUCAAGAAAAAUGAAGAUAAUUCCCUCAGCAUUUUGGCAAAGCAUAAUGGAUUCAACCGCCAGAAGCAAGAAGUCUAUCUUUUACCAAUCAUAAUCAGUGAUAGUGGGAAUCCUCCUCUGAGCAGCACCAGCACCCUGACCAUCCGGGUCUGUGGCUGCAGCAGUGAUGGUGUUGUCCAGUCUUGUAAUGUUGAAGCUUAUGUACUUCCAAUUGGACUCAGUAUGGGCGCCUUAAUUGCCAUAUUAGCAUGCAUCAUUUUGCUGCUAGUCAUCGUGGUGUUGUUUGUAACUCUGCGGCGACAUAAAAACGAGCCUUUAAUUAUCAAAGACGAUGAAGACGUGCGAGAAAACAUCAUUCGCUACGACGACGAAGGAGGAGGGGAAGAAGACACGGAGGCUUUUGACAUCGCAACUUUACAAAACCCAGAUGGAAUUAAUGGAUUUUUACCCCGUAAAGAUAUUAAGCCAGAUUUGCAGUUCAUGCCAAGGCAAGGGCUUGCUCCAGUUCCAAACGGUGUGGAUGUCGAUGAAUUCAUAAAUGUGCGGCUGCACGAAGCAGAUAAUGACCCCACAGCGCCGCCCUAUGACUCCAUUCAGAUUUAUGGCUAUGAGGGCCGGGGGUCUGUGGCUGGCUCCCUCAGCUCCUUGGAGUCGGCCACCUCAGACUCAGACCAGAAUUUUGACUACCUCAGUGACUGGGGUCCCCGCUUUAAGAGACUGGGUGAACUCUACUCUGUAGGUGAAAGUGACAAAGAAACUUGACAGAGGAGGAGAAAUCGAUCCAUGGGAACUGAGCAUUCUGUAAUAUUCUAGGGUCACUCCCCUUAGAUACAACCAAUGUGGCUAUUUGUUUUAGAGGCAAGUUUAGAACCAAUCAUCUAUAAACUCAACUGCAUUUUAAUGUCGAACCAAAAAAAUUAAUAAUAAAAAUUUUUACAAAGUAUAUGUUAGGAGGUUAUAAAUCUUGUGGAGUGUGAAUUAAAGUAUGUGGAGUGUCUAGAAGUCUUUGGAUAUUUGAUAUUUACCUGACCACCACAGACAAAGAUUGGGAUCCUGGCUAAUCCUUAGUGCAAUGGUUUAAAAAAGAGGAAAAAAUCAAAAUUAAAAAGGUGCUUUCUUAGAAAAAUGGACCUGCAAGAAACUUGCUGCUGAUAUGUGUCUUCUGCAAGGAUUUUUAUAAAUGCAAAUGGUUUUUCCCCUUCACCAGUAAGGAUCCCGCUACAAAUGAUAAAGCAAUACUUGGUCUGCUGUACAUUCUGACUUUUUGGAGUUUUGGGAGGCCUCCUAGAUUACACGGUACGGUGACCACACAUUGUACAUAAUUGUUGGCCCCACUCAUCAGAGACUGAAUAGCAUCUUUAAAUAUUGUGUCGAGCCUUAAAAUAUUCACAUGUUCGUAAUCCAUUCCAGGGCGAGGAAUGCCAGCUCAGUGGUGGGAGGAGAGAAAUCCCAUUCAAACAGGCUUGUUUUCUGGAAGCAGGAUGACUCAUUCCCUCCACUUCAUCUUCUCCCACAAGGACACAAAGAUAAACUGUAUCACACAGCGGACUACAUGAGAGACAGAUGGUUUUAUCGCUAGCGCGUGGAUUUAUUUGUUUAAUCCUCGAAAUAAAUAUUUUAUUGAUGUCCAUUAAUGCUUUUAUUUAUUAAGGUUGGUAAUCUAUAGA